CUUACUUUCCUUCUGAUCUUCCUCGCUCCCUUCCCCCUCCUCCAUCCCCAGAACCCUGUUAAAAAGAAAAGAAAAUAAAAGGAAAAAGAAAAAAAAAAAAAGGAAAAUCCAAACCGAGAUCAUAAUUCCUCUCGUAAUUCGCGCCCCAAAUUAGUUUAUUUUUCGUGCUCUUCCCCCGCGAAUUUCGACGGCUAAUCUCCCAAUGUUCUUGAUUCCUUGCUGAUAGAAGAAAUUGGUCGUAUUCGUGGCGUUGAAUUGUUGUUGUUUUCUCUCUUGUUUUAGUAGUUUGUUGCAGCUUACACAUGGAUUCGGAGGAGAAUUGCUCUAAGUCCGAGUCGCAUGUUGCGGGAGAGGGGAAGGAGAGUGAAACCCUAGAAAAGAGGAGAUCUUGGGGUGGAAUUAAGGUGGAGAUCAAUGGAGAUUUGGACUCCGAGACUAAUUCUCCAACAAAAAUAGGAGCGGGAGAUAAAAUUGGAGGGGAAAAAGGAAGCUUGGCUCGUCCUGGUGAGGCAGCAUCUUCUUCAUCUCCUAAGGAAUCCGAAGCAAAUGGAGAUGCAAUCGAAGGGGAAAUUUCAUCGAAGCCGGCCCCCCCGAAGGGCUACGGAUUGAAGAAAUGGAGGAGAUACAGGCGCGAUUCCAAUAAGGAAGGAUCGAGCCACGCUGAUUCCGCUCAGGAUCACAAACGCCGCCUCUCCGAUUCGCAGAACCGCCCAGAAGAGCAGCACAAGCAGAAGAGCGACGUUGAAGCCGAGAGCUCGGCCGCCUCGAUUGAAUCGAGGAUUGUAGGAGAAGCCCCCCUUUCGGCUGCCGCAGGGGCUUUAGAUCAGGAUCUAGGGUUACUAAUCGCAUCUGCCGGGUUUUCCAUCGGUGCGGAUUCGGAGAACAGCGAGGAUCGGAGUAGCAAGUCGUCGACAGCUGCGAGUGCUCCCAGGUUUAGGCAUGAGAGUGUCGGAUUUGGUAGGGAGAGAGGUAGGGCGAAGAGUGGUAGUGGGAAAGGGUCGGGUCAUGUAGUGCAACAAAGAACUCCGCGUGGGAGUGGGAGUGGGAGAGGAAGUGGACUUGAUGCUAGUAAGAAAUCUAGGGGAGAUUGGGCUAGAAUUGUGGUGGAGAACUCGCAUUCGAGUGUUGAGUCCGAUUUGCGGAGCUCAAAUGCGGCGUUUGUGCGGUCGAGUAGCAUGGUUAGUAACGGAAAGCAUAGCGAGAAGUCUGUGAGUUACGACGGAGAGAAUAGUGAUGACGGCCAGCAGAGCGAGGAGGUCCGAUCGGCUUACUACACUGAGAAUGGGAGUGCUGAGAAUUUCUCGAGGGAAGAUGCAGAUCGAGUCGAAGAGAAUGGUCAGAAAAAUGACAGCCACUCAGAUAUUGAUCCCUUUGUCGAGUCGAUUGUUUUGCUUCGAACCGCACAGGAAGCGCUUGAAACUGAAAUCCAAAAAUUGGUGGAAAUGGGGAAAGAUCCAAUACUUGAUGACUUUGCUGUCAACUAUGAAGAAGCAGAAGGGAGUAGUUCAAUGAGUUUUGAGCCACAUAUACUUGAAUUAAAUCGAAAGAUAGAGCAUCUCGAAUGCAAGUUGAAAGAAGCAUCAGAUACUAUUAAUGCAAAGGAAUUGAGGUUGCUUGAGCUUCAAACAAUUGUUGACAAAACCCAGUCAAAGAAAACAGAAACAGAGAGCAAUGAUCUCUCUCUCCUUCGAGAGGAUCUCAACGAGAUGGAGUCUGAAAUUGAGCUCAUGCUAGAGAAAAAGAUGGAAGCAGAAGUUGAGUAUCUGAUCAUGACCAGAACUACUCAGAGUUGGAAAUUUCAAUUUGAGGAUCAAAUCGCGCUGUUUGAGGAGCAAAAGUCUCUCUCCUCGGAUGGUGAACAAAUGAUGCUUAAGCUGCGAGAAAAUGAAAGCAGGGCUGUCUUGUUAAAAGAGCAGGCGGAGAAAUUAGAAGCUCAAUGCAGUGAGCUCUCUGUGACAGCAGAGGUCCUGAAGCUGCAGAAUAGAGCCUGUAAGGUUUCUUUCUUUCUUUUCGUUCAGUUUGUUUUGUUGUGCAUUGCCAUAGGGUUGUUUCUACUGCAGUUGUUACCUCAAUCUGGUGAUGUUGUACCCACUUAAUUUUGUCAAAGCUACGUAGGUGUACCUUCCAUGUUUUUGUAAGUUCUCCUGUAAGACAAUCAAUCUCAGGAACAUUCUCAGGCAAGAUAGUUGUAUUUGGCAAUUCCCAAGUAUUCUAGCACCUGCCAAUAAUAAUUCAAUUCCCCGCAGUUUCAUGGUAAGUACCUCAAAUACUAAGUGGUGGGUUUGUUUAUUUGUUUGUCCAUCUCUCUUGAGUAAUGGUAUUCUUCUGUUUCUGAACA